AUGAAAAAUUUUAUCAAAGUAUUGGAUACUAAGUCACAAACCAUUAGAUAUAUAUUAGGAAAUUGGGGAUAUGAAUAUGUAUGUAGUCGUAAAACUGCAAUCUAUAACCAUGAUGAGUUAUUCACCUAUUGGAAGCAUGCACGUCAACAGCUUCCAUCUCAGUUCUUUCAAAGAUUCACAGUUGGGUUUUAUCUCAAUGGCUUGGGAAUAAAAGAGACAUCUGAAAAUAAAUCAAGCCAUUGCAAAAAUAUUUUUAGUAAUGUACCUUCUUCCUCAAAAGAUAUAACAGAUUUUAACAAUAGGAAUGCUAAAGCAUUUAAUCUUUGA